AUGCAGUGGUGCGCCACGCUCCUUGCACCUUGGUCCUUCGUCCUUUGCACCUCACCCUUCGCGGGCUUCCCAGUCGAUGACCCACUGGGCUGGACAGUGGACAGGGACCUCAUGGAACUGCAUCCCAUGCCUCCACCAGCAACGGCAGCACCCUCACAGUCACACUCUGUUACUCACACACACACACACACCUGUGGACACAAACGUGCAUCUAGACGCAUGCUCGAAGCAGGUCGACGCACUGAGACGGACCAGACUAGCCCACUAGGGUCGCUGCAAGCCUGCAAGAGCACGUACUCUCCAUGGAUCGAUGCAGGAGCCGGAGCAUCAACACCAGCCCGGAGGCAACAUCUCACUUCACGGACAUCCCACGCCGAGGAAACGCUCAAAAACACCCUCGGGAAAUAA